AUGAGAGUAUCUGAUCUUAAUAUAUCAGAAAAUGUCAUUAUUCGCAGUGGAAGUGAGACCUUGGAGGACAAUAAACUCGUCACUGAAGUACACAAUACAGAAUAUAAUGUAUAUGAUAUUAUAGCCACAGAAAAUGAUGAUGAAAGCUCUUCAAGUGAUGAGAAAGAAGAAGAUGCGAGUCAUGUUGAACCAAAUCAUAUUGAAGAAGCAUUUCAAGUUGAAUACCAAGGCACAAUCUUAGAAACUUUCUAUUCGCGACUAAAACAAUUUCAUGAUGAAUACUCUGGUUCUGGUAAAACACGGCUUGUGGGGGAGCUGAAAACCAAGGGAACCUAUAUCCUGUAUAUUUGUAAAAGACAUGAGAGUAGUUCUGCAAUCAAAGAAAUUAAGAAUAAAAACUGGAGCGCAGAGGAGUUUUGGAAUAUUCAAAUUAAAGAUGAUCAUAAAACUGAGCGUAAUGAUUUCUGGCAAAGUGUCUUUGAAUCAUUAUUACAACAAAAAAAACUUUCAUCAGACUAUAAUAACGAAAAUUUUGUGAAGAAAUUAUUUCCCGAUACAGAAAUCUCUAUAAGACGACAAAUUCAAGAAAUUUCAUGGGCUGGAUUCUUUAAUAUCCUUCUCACACCGCUUGCUGAAAAUGUUGGUAAAGAAUAUGAUUAUAAGAGGGUUGUUUAUCUAGGAAUUCCACUUUGGGGUUCUCUUGCUCAAGCUGGAGUUAGUCUUAUACACCUUGUUCACCUAGCUUCACAAAAAAUCUGCAAUUUUAGUAAGAAGAAUAAUGAUUAUCUUGCGAACCUUGCAUGUAUAGCUUGCUCUCUAUCUCUUGAGGUUUCCUCUCAAAUUGCCGAAGUAGACAGCCUGAUAGCAUCCUAUAUAGCAACUGCAAUAGGAGUCUCACUUGAUCGUACAAGUAUUCUUUGUACAUAUCCUUCUGAUACUAUCCUUGCAUUUGGAGCACUUAAAGGUAUUAUUGAUGUUGGUUGGAAAAAUUGCUUAGAUACACUAUUGGAACUGUUUAGUCAUGGGGUUGUGAAAGCGGGAGAAAGAGGAGAACUUGUCAAUCGAAUCUUAUUUUCAAAAGCUUAUGCAGAUGCUGUGAAGGAAUGUUUCUCUAGUUCACCAUUAACAUAUUUGCAAAAAGUUCCUCUAAAAUCAUUUUUAAAGUCCUUAUUAUGCGAAGAAAUAGAUGGUCUUGAUGAGUUGCUUAAAAGAAUGGCUACCAAUCAAGAUUAUGUGAAAUCCAGGGGGAUGAAAUUUCUAUCAGAGAAUCUUGUCAUAGAAGCUUAUCACCGCCACACUGCUUUCAAAAUGUCAUUAGGUUUUCAUGUUAUUGAUCAUAUCAUUCCCUUCAAGUAUAAUAUCGGCUAUGAUAUUAUUUCAAUUCAAAACAAGAACGCGAAAAAAACAACCUUUGGUGCUAAGGAUAUUUCUUCUUUAAUACAUCCAUUAAAUUCCUUUAGUGAAUGGAAGAAGGAUUAUAAGAUUCUAGACAUCUACAUCGAUCUUGGCUUAGAUAGAGAGAAAGCGGUUGAACCAAAAGCAGAAUUAAAGAGUAGAAAUAUUCCACAAACGCGAUCAAAAAAUAAAAAUAAUGAAGAUAAGAAAGAUGAAAAGAACGAUUAUGAUCAAAUUAUUCAUAUUCAAGGCGUCAGAUCUUUCAAAUAUUGUGAUGAUGAAAUUAGCAAAAGACUGUCUAAAAUACUUUUCACUCGUCCUUAG